GUGAACUUGACUGGUGCAAUGGCUAUCCAUUGUUGGCUACCUCCUGCAAUGGCGAAGUCUCCUUCUUCUUCUCCUCCUCUCUCUGUAACCUCCAUCGCUUCCCGCGCAAGGGAGUACAAAAUGCGGGUACCAUAUGAACUGAGUCAGGAACAAUCGCGUCUUUUCCAUAAGCUUCCUUCUGGUUUGUCCAUGGAGGUUAUCUCCCAGAAGGGUCAUAAUAAUAAUAAGGCACAGAAAUCCAAACCACCUCCUCUCGUUUUUCUCCAUGGAAGCUAUCAUGCCGCUUGGUGUUGGGCUGAACAUUGGUUACCUUACUUCUCUCAGAAAGGUCAUGACUGUUAUGCCCUCAGUUUCUUGGGUCAGGGUGAAAGUGAUUCACCGGCUGCUGAAGUUUCUGGUUCACUCCAGACGCAUGCAGCUGAUGUUGCAGACUUCAUCCGAGAAGAAAUUACAGUGCCGCCUCUCUUGCUUGGUCAUUCAUUUGGUGCCCUAAUUGUACAGUAUUACAUUUCUAAGAUAAGGAGUAGAAUUGCAGAUAUGGAAAAUAUACACCCAGAUCUUGCUGGAGCUGUCCUCAUUUGUUCAGUACCUCCUUCGGGUAAUAGUGGAUUAGUUCGGCGAUAUAUCUUCACCAAGCCUAUUGCUGCUUUUAAGAAGAUUCGCUGGGCACACGUAGGUAACUGGGCCUCUCCUUGGCUAAGAAGAUUAGCGCACUAUCAGGCCAAGACUUUAAUGAGCCUCGACAUCUCCUGGGAUUGGGUCGUGACUCUAAUGGGCCGUGACAUACUCCCCCACCUUAGUCGUGGCCGUCCUCGGUUCGACCUUGGCAUGAUACUCUUCAACCUCUUCCUUGAAACAUUCCCCACACGGUCCCUAGUAUCUGUGCACAAGUCCCUUGAGCACAAAUUACAUAGACUUGCAUUCUGGAAUAUCAUGGAAGUACACCUCGUGGCUCGAUGUUUGCACCCCAUAAAAAUGGGACGUGACAUACUCCCCCACCUAAGUCGUGGCCGUCCUCGGCACGACCCUAGACCGGUGCAUGGUGAUCUUCUUUCUGGCGUCCCCUGAGCGCUCUUCCUCCCCCUUUGCACGUCACGGCAUUGGGUGCACUUAUGGUCGCCAGUCUUAACCGAUAUAAGACGUUUCCCACACAUCUCUCGAUUGAACACGGUCCCUUGAAUCUGCGCACAAGCCCCUUGAGCACAUACCGCAUAGACUUUAACAGUUGCGGGGGAAACUUCCCUCUUUCCAUCGUCCCCUUCCUUAACUACACACCCUCUUAGAUUUGCCCUUAUCUUCAUAUUCUUGGUGUCUCCCUUUGAAUAUGCCUGAGCACGAUCUGCUUCUUUUCCCACGGACUUGGUGCGAGUGAAGGCAGACUGACUUUGGCCCACGUUGCCUGUGGCCAAACCUUGUGGAUCUAAUGGUUGUGUGUUGUCUUUGGCCUUGAGCCCCUCGAAGGCUUCGACACACGCUAUCUGGACUUCCUCGGGUGCUUCUUCUUUUACCUUGGACCCGUCCCCAUCAUCCAUCUUGGCAAAAGUGGCAAAUAUCUCUUUACCACGUUUGCGACCUCGAACGAAUCGCAUCGCCGAAAACCUGCUUAUUCCCUCUGAUUCUCUCCUUGUUGGAAUCACGCUAGUCUUCCCGUGAUCCAAAAUAAUUAAGGAAUCGGAAUAAGGCAUUAUGCAAGCGCGUACCUGAUCGCACCAUUCGAGUCCCAACACUACAUCGUAGUCUUCCAUUGGGACCAAGGUAAAUGAGACUGUCCCAUUCCAGCCUCCGAUCCUGGUGUGCACUCUCCUAGCCUCCCCAUUUACCGGCUUGGCUACAUCGAAGGACUUCACCGUCCCUCUUGUUGGGCUGAUCCGCAGACCCAACGCAUUGACUACUCCUUCUCGCAUGAAGUUGUGCGUAGCCCCUGUGUCUACUAGUGCCUUGAUGCGUUUUUCCCCGAUCCAAGCUUCCACGAACAAAGAGCCCCUCCUUGUUCCCUUGUUCGGCUUCACAACACUAGUCUUCACAGCAUUGAGCAGUCUUAAGGAUCCUAUUUGAGUCUCUUCUUCCUCAUCAGAGGACUCAGUUCCUUUAACUGCUGCAAACUUUUCCCCCUUAAACGGGCACAUAAACUUUAUGUGAUUAUGAGCACCACAAAUAUAACAGGUUAUUGGCUUACCCGAG